AUGGAUAAAUCUUUAUUAACUCUCGGAUUAUCAGCAAUUUUUAAUCAUUUGGUUAUUUAUGAAAGUGAAAAGAAAAAUUAUUUGGGGUAUAGUUUUAUUGGUUUAGAGACUGAAUCUUUUCAUAAACGUUUUUUGCAAAUGGAUGAGCCAGCAAUACAGAUCUUAGCAAUAUUAAUCGAAUAG